AUGGCACCGCGAGCGAACUUUGAGGGCUACGAGUCGCCCGAUGAAGACGCUGAUACCGUCUCCUCGAUGCCAAGCUGCCUCAAGACACGACGAGCCAAGCUCGUACUGGGUGUCGUGGUCAUUGGCAUCGUUGGACUCAUUCUGGGCCUUGUGCUUGGACAAGGCGGGACAGCAGCCACCGCCAAGCAGCAAGAAUCAGCGUCAGAGGUUAGCCCCACGCCGUACGUGACAACCGCACCAACCACACCGACACCAUCCGUCACGACACAAGCACCCACACAAGUGAACCCUCUGCGCUCGCUGACAGAUUCGCCAGCGACACCGCCACCAAGUCCAACUCUGGCGCCAACCCCAGCGCCGACGCCCGUCUUGUACGGCAAAAUCAACGACGGCACGCCGGGCACGGCCGGCCAAGUCACCAACAUGGCCUCGUUCCCGUCCCUCGGCUGCAAGCUACCCAACUAUCUCAGCGAGAACGGCGGACUCUUUGCGCAGGCGGCCAACGGCACCAAGGUGCCCGUCGCCAUCAAAGGCAUCAACUGGUUUGGCAUGGAAACCGAGCUCCACAUCCCGUUUGGUCUCUGGGCCAACCCGGACAACGGCACGUCCCUCUUUGAGGUGGUCGCCUUCCUCUCCCGGCACAACUUUAACAGCAUCCGCCUCCCGCUCACCGUCGACGCGCUCGUCAAGAACACGCCGCCCAACGCCAACGUCGUCAACGAGUACGAGAGCCCGGGAGUAUCGUGCGGCGCCGUCGGCAUCUCGGUGCUCCUCGACAUCCACUACCUCAGUGUGACCGAGAAAGGCGACGCGUGGUUCAGCGACACGACGCCUGAGAACUCGACCCUCCAAGCCAUGGACGUCCUCACGACCAACCUCUGCGACGACGCGUACUGGAACGUCCUCGGCGUCGACCUCAAGAACGAGCCGUGGCAAACCACGUGGGGCGACGACGGCCCCAAGGACUUUCGCCGCGGCGCGACGCUCCUCGCGCAGCGCAUGCUCGCCGUCUGUCCCAGCUGGCUCGCGUUCAUCGAGGGCAACGCCGAGACGCAUUCGAUUCAAAUCAACGGCACCCGCUUCGACUACUACGACUGGUGGGGCGGCGGUCUCCAGGCGGCGGGCACCUACCCCAUAUCGACGCUACCCUCCAAGCUCGUGUACGCGCCGCACUACUACAACCCGUCCGUGUACCCGCAGUCGUUUCUGGUCGCGAGCGCGGCGCCGCGGACGUCAGGCGAGACGGUUCUGCGCAACUACACCGAGUGGGACGACGCGGCGCUGCGCCACAUCGUGGCUGCGACCGUCCAAGACAUGUUUGGGUACUUGCGCGCGCAAGGCCACGCGAUCGUCUUUGGCGAGUUUGGCGACCUCUUUGCCCUCGACGCGCACCCGCGCAAGACAUCGCAGCGCGUUGUCGACAUGUGCAUGCAGAUCAUGAUGGAGCCGGGCUACAGCGGCGGGUACAUGUGGGCGCUCAACCCCGAGAGCGGGUACGGCUUCAACCCCUCCGACACGGCCGGGUACUGGACCGAGGGCCUCUUACAGCCCAAUUGGCGCGACGUCAAUGCCGUGUACCUCGACGCGCUGCGUGCGCUCGAUCGUCUCCCGCACCUUGGUCGUUUUCCGUGCUUUACCUAG